CACGAGUGGCUCACGGCUAUUCGAUUCAGAUUUGCCUUUGCAGUCGCAGCCGGUCUCUCUUCUCGCUACAUAUAUAUAUAUACAUAUACAAAAACGACGCAUUCGUUGCAAGCGUCGCAACGACGCUUCGAUCGAAGGAAAAUUAGGAUCGCGCGUGUUUUUCAAAAAAAAAAAAAAUCGCGCGCGAAUCCGCAUUUAAAUAUGCGAGUGUUUUUAGUUCUUCUAUUAUUAUCAUUAUAAUUAUUUUUUGUGAUGAUAAUUUUUUGUUUUGUUUUUUAUACAAAUCACACGCAUGAAUAAUUAUUAAUUUAUAAUAUUCUCAGAAUGAUUAUUUAAAUUUAAAAUUUUUUAAAAUUUUCUUCACUGUGUAUGUGUGUGUGUGUGUGCGUGUGUUAUAAAAAAAUAUUGACCGGUAUUUGGUGAUUUGAUACAUAAUUAUCAUGACUUAGGACCUAAUUCUUAAUAGCAGGUGCCGUUCUCAGGAGAGGGUAGAUUGAGGAUCAGAGUUGCAAAAUGUGGGAACAUUUGCGACUCGUUCUCAUAAUCGCAGUCUUAAUAUCAAAACUUGAGAUUUCAAGGUCACAAAAGCCAAGGUUAGGUGGCGCCAUAAAUAUUUUCAAUAGAUACGGCCAUUUGACAAUCAGUAUGAGAGUUGUAUCGAGAAAUGAUACGGAAACGUGGAUUUUCCGUGAACCAACUGUUGAUGUUUUUCAUAAUUUACUACCAGCGCCACCUAAACAAAGUAAAUCAACCACAGUUUUUUAUGGUGAUUUUCAUAUGGAGUUUUGCGAUAACGUGAGACAACUUCAGCAGGCCUAUUUUCGUGAUUUUACAAUAGAAAAUAUUGAGAGACCAUGGAGGGCAUUUACAAGUAGUUGGACACCAAAUGUAAUGGCCAAACAUCUUGGCAUUAAUUCAUCGUACAUAUAUAGUGAUCAUUGUUUUGUAUUGGUGCGCGUAUCAAGAUUUAGAGAAAAUCAAGAAUUAAUGGGAAAUAUGGAAUCAUUAAUGUUAAAUGAAGAUGUUCAAAAUGAAACAAAUACAAUAUCAAUUGGUGAUAAGGAUAGUGUUUUACAUUUUGUACGAAAUUUUGGAUCUCACUAUAUAAAAUCAUUCGUCACAGGAAACUCUCUAUAUCAGGUGUUUGUUUAUAGGCCAGAGGUGUAUCUUCAAAUAAAAGAACGACUAAAAACGCGAGGCGUUGCUGAUCUCUCAAAUCUUGAAUUGAGUAAUUAUUUUUCGCCAUGGUACGCAGAGCAUAUGGGUAGAAUUCAGUCAGCCAGUGGAAAUUAUUCAGUUGAGGCUUGGGCAAAAAAACAACUUGAAGUUCAGUAUUUUAUUUUUACUUAUUCAAGUCUUUUGAAACUUCACGGCGAUAUUGAUCUUCUUCGACAGCUUAAUACACUUCUUGGGAAUGAAGCGCUUCUACAACUUCAACUUCGUGCACUUCUACCAUUCUUUAAGGACGCUAAACUCAAGGAAUGGUUCAUUGAAGUUAUGGACAAUUAUUCCAAACUCUGGGAAAUAAAUGAAUGAAUCACCAAAUGUGCUUAGGAUAAAAUUUUAUUAAGAAGAAGAAGAAGAAAAAAAAAAAACACACACAAAUUAUGAGCGCAUAAUUAUCACAUAAAAAAUUAUUAAUUAGAAUUUUUAUUUUAAAAGAAUUUUUUUUUAGAAAUAAUUCCAUCAAAAUGGUAAUCCAAAAAUUGAAAAUUCAUCUAGAAAAUAAUUAUUUCUAAUAAAAUUUUUGAAAAUGAAAAUUAUAAUUAAUGUUUUUUUUAUGGGAUAAUUAUAUGCGUACCACACAAAUGACGCUAAUCGCUUCAAGAGAUAUUUUUUCUGUAAACUCUGUAUCUAUUUCAAUAAGAGAUGAGUUUCGAGACUGAGAAGCAAAAAGCGCCUUUAAUUUUAGAUAUACAAGAAUGCUGUUAUUUGUUAUAUAUAUAUAAAAAAAAUAAGUAUUUAUUAUUAUAUAAUCGUUAAUAGAAUUUUAUAGUCCUUUUUAAUUUUUUUUUUCUCCAAACAUUAUUAUUAUUCCAUUAUUCGAAACUCUUCGAAUAAAUGCAAGAGAAUGUUUGUCAAAAAUUUCCCACUCUUCUUUUUUCUACAUUUAAAUUAUAAGAAAUAUAUUAAUUAUAAUAAAUUAUAAUUAAAAAAAAAUUUGCUAAAAUUAUUGAAAAAUUAUAAUUUUUUAUAUUAUAUACAUUCGACGAGAAAAGGAUCAAUCAAAAAAAUCAUAUAUGUGAUUUAUUGAUUUUUAAAUUUAAAAAAAAAAAAAAAAAUUUUUUUUUUUGAAGAACCAAGUUUUUUUUUUGAAAAUUGGCAUAAAAUUAAUAAUGUAAUUAAUUGAAAAACUUUUUCAGACUGCGUAGAUUUAAGUUAUAAAUAUUAUAAUAUUAUGUGAAAGAAAGGAGAGAGCAAGUGCCAAAGUUUGAGUAUUAUAAGAAAGUAAUGACAAUGUAAAUAGAAAAAAAAUUAUAGGAAAAUUAUAAAAAAAUAAAUAUAAUUAAAUAUAUACUUUCAA